AUGCCUCUUCCAGACACAAUCUACUGUGCCCAGCAAAUCAACAUCCCUCCAGACCUGCCAGACAUCCUCAAAAACUUCACUAAGGCAGCCAUCCGAACACAGCCCAAGGAUUUGCUGCUGUGGUCUGAGGCAUACUUCAGUGCACUGUCUAAAGGAGAGAGUCUGCCUGUCAAGGACAGGCUGGAGAUGAAUGUUGCCACCCAGAAGACAGACACUGGGCUGACUCCAGGUCUACUCAAGACUCUCCACAAACAGCUGUCCCCCGGGCAAACAUGCAGCAAGGAGGAUCUGCAGAAGAAAUGGAAGGGUCUGUGUCUACCCAUGAAUCAGCUGGAGACUCUGCUGUCGCUGGGCAGCUUCAGCACAGAUGUCGAUUGCAUGGAGUUUUUUGCCCUGGGCUGCAGUGCUCUGGGAGGGACCCUCAUGAGUUCUCUCAAGGUUGCAUGUGAGAUCCUGACAAAGGAUGAAGAGGGUGCUGCUGCCAGGAUCCCCUUCGACACUUUUGCCAAACUGUACACCUACCUGGCUCACCUGGAUGGGGACAUGUCACAGGACCACAUAGACAACUUCCUCAACAGCCUGCAGCCACAAGUCAACAAGCAGAACGGCAUGAUUCAAGUUUCCAACUUCUACAUCAGCAGGAAGUGA